UUCGAUGAAGUCCAAGUUAUUGAUAUAUGGAUGGCGCAUUUGGUGUCAUGCAUGUCUCAGAACUCUUUGCCUAACCCUAGGGAGAAUGCCUCGUGUGAAAGCAGCUCAGGCCGGAAGGCAGGGCCCCGGAAAGAGACGUCUUGCAGAACAGUUUGCGGCUGGGGAGAUAAUCACCGACAUGUCAAAAAAGGAGUGGAAACUGGGAUUACCCAUUGGCCAAGGUGGCUUUGGGUGUAUAUAUCUUGCUGAUAUGAAUUCUUCAAAAUCCGUGGGCAGCGAUGCACCCUGUGUUGUCAAAGUGGAACCCAGUGACAAUGGACCUCUUUUUACUGAAUUAAAGUUCUACCAGCGAGCUGCCAAACCAGAGCAAAUUCAGAAAUGGAUUCGUACCCAUAAACUGAAGUACCUGGGUGUUCCUAAAUAUUGGGGGUCUGGUCUACACGAUAAAAAUGGAAAAAGUUACAGGUUUAUGAUAAUGGAUCGCUUUGGGAGUGACCUUCAGAAAAUAUAUGAAGCAAAUGCCAAAAUGUUUUCUCGGAAAACUGUCUUGCAGCUAAGCUUAAGAAUUCUGGAUAUUCUGGAGUAUAUUCACGAGCACGAGUAUGUGCACGGAGAUAUCAAGGCUUCCAAUCUUCUUCUGAGCUGCAAGAAUCCUGACCAGGUGUACUUGGUAGAUUAUGGCCUUGCUUAUCGAUACUGCCCGGAAGGAAUCCACAAAGAAUACAAAGAAGACCCCAAAAGAUGUCACGAUGGCACUAUUGAGUUCACCAGCAUCGACGCGCACAAUGGCGUGGCCCCGUCGAGACGCGGUGACUUGGAAAUCCUUGGCUACUGUAUGAUCCAGUGGCUUAGCGGCCAUCUUCCCUGGGAGGAUAAUUUGAAAGAUCCUAACUAUGUUAGAGAUUCCAAAAUUAGAUACAGAGAAAAUAUUGCAGGUUUGAUGGACAAAUGUUUUCCUGAGAAAAAUAAGCCAGAUGAAAUUGCUAAAUACAUGGAAACAGUGAAAUUAUUGGACUAUGUCGAAAAGCCUCUUUAUCAAAAUUUACGAGAUAUUCUUUUGCAAGGACUGAAAUCUAUAGGGAGUAAGGACGAUGGCAAACUGGAACUCAGCGUUGCGGAGAACGGAGGUUUGAAAGCAAAAACUGCAACAAAGCGGAAGAAGGACGUGGAGGAGCGCACGGAGUCCAGCGUGGAAGACAUGGACUGCUGCCCGGCGCCGGCGGAGGAGGCUAUGCGGACUCGAAGUGAGGCGUCCCGAGGAGCAGUACACGGAAGCAUGUCUCAGCCAGAGGCUAGCGGCAGCGGCUACGACUGAGUGGGAGCGAGACUGAGGAGCAUUUACAAAGACAGAGUCACAUUCUUCCUUAAAGAAAUCCCUUAAAUUCUACAACUGGCUGUUUUAGUUUAGGAAGCCCUACAUUGUUCUAGUAAGGUCGAUACCCGUUUAGAGCAAAGCGAAUUCACAGCUAUGCAGGAGGAGGACUCGGUCUCUCCAGGCUGCCUGGGGUCGUGGUCACUUUGCCUAGUGAGCAUCAGAGGUAUUUGUUUUGAUACAUAAUGAUUUUAAGUUUGGCUAUAACUAUAAAAAAUGUUUUUUAUACCUAAGAAUUUAACUUAAGGUCCUUCUAUUGAUAGUUUUUACUGUGAGAGUAUUUUUGUUCUAUUUAUUAAUGACAAGAGAAGAGAGUGGAUCCCAUCGCUAAUUUAAGAACAAUCCAGAUUUUUUUUGAUUAAACAAAGAAGAUAAAGAGUAAUCAGAUUCUCCCUUAUUCAUAUAAACUCUGAAUUGCUUUACUUAAAUGCUGUCUAUUUUCCUAUUUUCCCAUUGUAAUUCAUUUUCCCCUAAAGUAUAAGGCUAGUUAAGGUAUUUUAGUAUCUAAACAUUCAUUGAUGAGAGAAAUUUUACUUGAGAUGGGAAAGUGUUAUUGCUUUUAGCAAAAAAAAUAAAAGCCAGGAGUGACGAAAACGUA